AUGGCGCUGUGGCGGGGGCUGCGCUGCUGCCGCCGCGCCUUCGCCUGGCUGCCCGUGCUGCUCAUCGCGCUGCUCCUGCUCUGGUCCUACUACGGAUACGUCUGCGAGCUCUGCCUCGUGACUGUGAGCAACCCUGUGGAGAAAGUGGCCUAUCUUGUAGUAUUCCAUAUUCUCUUUGUGCUCUUUGUGUGGACAUAUUGGAAGUCUGUUUUCACUCUCCCAAUACAACCAGGCAAAAAGUUCCACAUGUCCUACGCUGACCAGGAGCGCUACGAGAACGAGGAGAGGCCCGAGGUGCAGCGGCAGAUCCUCGCCGAGAUCGCCAGGAAGCUGCCGGUGUACACGAGGACAGGGAACGGAGGGAUUCGGUUCUGUGACAGAUGCCAGCUGAUCAAACCUGACCGUUGUCACCAUUGCUCUGUUUGUGCCAUGUGUGUGCUAAAAAUGGAUCAUCACUGUCCAUGGGUGAAUAACUGCAUUGGAUUUUCUAACUACAAAUUCUUUCUACUGUUCUUAGCCUAUUCUUUGUUGUAUUGCUUGUAUAUUGCUGCAACAGUCUUCAAGUAUUUCAUUAAGUAUUGGACAGGUGAGCUGACCAAUGGACGUUCCAAAUUUCACAUCCUUUUCCUUCUCUUUGUGGCAAUCAUGUUCUUUGUGAGCCUCAUGUUUCUGUUUGGCUACCACUGCUGGCUCGUCAGCAGGAACAGAUCUACUCUAGAGGCUUUCUCAGCUCCAGUGUUUCAAAAUGGCCCAGAUAAAAAUGGAUUCAAUCUUGGCUUUGUGAAGAAUCUCCAGCAAGUGUUUGGGGAAGAAAAAAAGCUCUGGUUGCUGCCUAUUGCCUCUAGCCAGGGGGAUGGACAUUUUUUCCCAAUGAGAGCCUUGAGUGAAGCUCGGAACCCUCUCCUGACAAAUGAGGAACAGUGGGAAGAGGAUGGAAUAGAUGAAGAGCCUCAGGGUUCUGGUGAAGCUUCAUCCCUUGCCAUAGAAAGGGAGACAUAGCAGUGUGAAAACAGUGGUGUAAAGCUGGAUCAGAAAGCUUUCCUCUCAGGAGCCAACAUCCCUUCUCUUGGCAAGGACUUCAGUUUUGAGGGGCAGAAAACAGGCGGAUCUUCAAGAUGAGAAAACAUCCUGAAGUAUUGUCUGAUGGGAAUCUGCAUUCCAGAGUGCUUCUCCAGGAAUCCUGCUGUCCAGAUGUCCCAAGGCUUUAUAAAUUUAAGUUACGGAGUUAACAGAACAAUUUUACAGAGUGAUUGUGGCCAAUCUUCUUUGGCCUGCUCUCUUUAUUUUAUAAAUACUCUAUAUUUUUUAUUCAAAAUGGGUAAAAAUGUUGAUGCGAGUGCGUUUCCGAAGGCCUUUUCAUUUUGCAAACAUCAGGGACUCAAGCUCUUGAAAUUUUUCCAAGCCAUAAUAUUCUUGGGGAUGGUUAUUUAUUUUGAGGCUGAUUCUCCAACCUUCUCUGACAAGUGGCAUUUUCUAAUGUAUUUAAAUUCUGAGUGAGUUCAGCUCAAUGCAAGACAGACCCAGUUAAAGCUGGCACUAAAUUGGUAGCUGAAUGUAAGAGUGUUGAAAGCAAAAGUGCUGAACAUGCACAUGUACAUGUGCAGCUGUGAGUGAAAAUAAAAUAUUCACAUUGCCAGUAUCAAGAUUCAAGAAUAUUGUGGCCAUAGGUUUUUUAAAGCAUUUUUAGGGGGUGUUAUUUUCCUUGAGUUUGGGUUUUAGUGCUCUUGCAUCCCACUUGCAGGCUCCUAAAAUGCAAAAGGGAACUUCAGACAGUCCAGUUUGCAUUAAUUCCUAGGGUUAAAAUAUCAUCUCAUUCCUGGAUCAGUGUUUGAUGGAGAUUUGUGUGUUCAUGGAGUCAGAAAGGAAGAUGUGAAUUCAAAACAUGCACUGAAAGCUUGGCUCCAAGAGUCAUGUUUGGAGUUUGCACUCCACAGGGGUGGCCUGAACCCCAAAUUGCUGAAGACACAAUUGGUGUAUUGAAUUUUUUCAGACUUCUUCCCAGCUCAGUGCACUGACUGGCUUCAGGGGUUUCUGCACUACGAGGUGAUCAGAUUUGUUUAUGCAUUUUACUGCAUUUACAGUCAAAGAGGUGUAUCCCUGUUUUUGUUCUGGGGAAUGGAACUGAGACUUGGCUGGCUGGAUUAUGGAUAUUUUUCUAGACCUGAGUCCUUUUUUUUUAAAUCUGCAUGAUUCAGCCCAGUCCAUCAUUCUUAUUUGAAUUAGGUGCAUGCUAAAAGUAUUGGUGUACUGCCUCUAAGAUCAUUUAGUACCAUUUUCUAUCCCAUUUUUGUGUUUAUCAGCCCACUGUUGUUGGCAGUGACUACAGGAGCAGCUGUGAAUGCCAGCAGAAAGGAGCUGAUGAGUGAAUAUGGAGAUGGAGUUUUUGCUACAGACUAAACCCCUUUUUCCUCUGUUCCUCUGCUGCUGCUGCCACAGGGAAUGUGUUUGUGAGCCAGGAGAGCUUUGCAGAGGUUCCUUCCCUAAGAGAAAGUGUUUCACUCCUGGCUGAUCCGUGCCCUGUGGGCAGGAAUUUUGUUCCUCAGCCUGUGCAGUUUGUGUGGAGCAGGCAGUGCUGAUCUCCCUGCGAUGUCUCACUGCUGAAUUUGGCUGUGAGGGGCCAUGCUGGGCUGGCCCAGGCUCCUGUGGGUUUGUGUCUCUCCUCAGGGUGGCCCUGAACACUGAAAAUGUUCCAGCUUCAGACACCUGAGCCCCAUCUGUUGAGUGGCUCUGUCACCAAAUGGCUGCUGAGUGCUGGAAGGGUUUUUCCUGUCAAUCUAAAGCUGCAUUUCUAAUGUAAAUCUGGUGUUGGACCUUGUGCUGUGUGUGAUGCAAGGUGGCAGCUGAAUUAAUCCCCUCGUUCCUGGCAAAAUGUGCUCUGGAGGGGGAGCUUGAGAGGAUGAUGGCAGCUAAACACAGCCAGAAUUUAGCACCUACAGAGGUGCUAUUUGUGCCUUUAAAAACUUUAAAUUCCGUGUAUCUAAAACCAGGAAGGUGAUUUGGUGACUUUCUGUUUCAUCCUGCCAGCUGAAGUGUUUGUGUGGAUUUGCAGGAGGGGUUUUUUGUGUGAAUUUACAGAGCUUGUGUGGAUUUGCAGGAGGGUUUUUUGUGUGAAUUUACAGAGCUUGUGUGGAUUUAGAGGAGUUUUCUGAGCAGGUCCUUGUUCCCCUCCUGGGUUUGGCUCUGGUUACAGCCCUGCCAUUAUUUGAGUUGUUUCUGUGCCAGGCAGCAGCAGCAGAGCUGUGCAGGAGCUCCCCUGCCUGCUCCUGCUGCUGCACUGCUCAUUAGGGAGUACAGAAAAUCAGAUUUUGUCAUCUAAUACUAAGGCAGAUAUCUUUGUGAUGGUACCAAGCUCAGAUUGAGAAAGGGUUUUAAACAUUUCCAAGUAACUUUUAUUCAGUCACCUUUCUUGUAAUUAAUUAUGGUUAUCUCUUCCCUUUCCUUCAAAGCAGCUCAGCCUCCCGUGGUUGUAACAAACUCUUGUCCAGGUAGAAGCAACACAAAGUUUAUCACUUCAGAGCCACUUCUCAAUAUCCACACAUCAGAUGCUGGAAAGCUCAAUGAAAUGUGAAACAAACCAAAAGCUGUGUAAAAUGAGGCAGAACAAAAUGGGAAAAACCCACAUGUCUGAGUGAGCAGCUCCAUUUUGUUCCCUUCUGCUCACUGAAGGUGAUAUCCUUAUUUUACCUCUGGCCUUUGUCCUUUUUAUGCUGAGUAAAUGCACUGGAAAACA